UAAACAAGAACCAGUGGAUGUGAACCAUUUCAGUGCGAUCACGGUGUAAAUAAGGAUGUUCAGUGAGAAGUUGAAGAAGACGUGAAACUUAUACGUGAACUAAUUAUUGCCCUCUUUUCGAGAAUAAUACAGCUGAACAAUGGCGCAACUUGUAAAGAGAGCAUUUCAGUUAACACCGAAUCAGUUGUUGUACCAGCAGAAGCGUUAUAGAGGCAAAAUAAAUCUUAAAAAGCCGAAAGUGAAUUUUGUGAAAAAGAUAGUGAACGAACUCUUAACGCCAUACUUCAUCAAUCCUGAUAAGGAUAAGCCUCUGUAUGAAUUAUGCAAAAACGUGAAAUUGUUGAGGAAGGAGGAACUUGGACCCUAUGAAAAAAUUUUAACGAGGGAUGUCCGUAAUUGGUUCGACAAUUCGAAAAUGAUUGCGUGUUUACAUGUAAAUAGCAUAAAGGAAGACAAAGUAUUCGAUUUUAAGGUUGAUUUGAAAAUGGUAAACAUGUACUAUAAGCGGUAUGGAAAAUCCGUUGUGUUUGCAGCAAUAGAGGAUUCACCAUACGAAGCUAUUACUCCGUUAUUAAAGGGUGGAUGGACUGCAUUUGUGUUCAGUCCUGACAUAAAUGCGACGGCCUUAAAGAACAUUGUGAAAAAGUAUCAACAAUUAUGCAUAAUGGGAGGAGUAUUGGAAAGACAGGUGUUCAAGUGUGAUGAUUUCCUGAAAUAUGGGUCCCUGGACAUGACUACGACACAGUUGGGUCUGGUUCAAACUCUGCAAAACGCGGGUGGUGUUAAUCUAAGUCGACAGCUGACACAUCAUCAGACAACACUGGUGGCACGACUGAAACAGAUCGGUACAAAUGAGACAACCUCUAAUGACGAUGAAAAGCAAUCGGUGCCUGUAUAAUUCCAAAACUUUCUGUAUCGAUAAUUUAUUAUACGUUUAUGAUUCACACGAAGCU